UGAGGUUAUCCCUGACGACCUCUUUCGCUUAACCUCAUUACAAGAGUUAAAUCUGAGUUGGACCGAAAUUAAGAACAUACCUGCAAGCAUCAAACAAGCUGCUCAGCUGUCUCGCCUGUUCCUCAACGGUUGCAAGAGCCUUGAAUUUUUACCAGAGCUCCCCUCAUUGCUGCAAUAUCUUGAAGCACAUGCUUGCACGUCACUAAAGACAGUGUCUAGUUCAAGCCCUGCAAUCACACAAGGUUGGGAAGAAUAUAUAUUUUCUCGAGGGCUUCAUGAGAAACAUAUAUUUUCUGAUUGCCCAAAGUUGGAUGAGAAUGCACGAAACAACAUAAUGGGUGAUGCACAGCUCAGAAUUAUGCGAUUGGCAAUUGCGUCGUCAAAGUUUAAACAAGACAAAAUUGAAGAAGCAUCAUAUAAUUCAGAUGAGGAAUCUUUCAUUGCCAUUACUUGUUCUGCGAAUGAAAUUCCAAAUUGGUUCAGUCAUCAAAGUGAGGGAUCUUCAAUAAAGAUUGAGCUUCCUCGUGAUUGGUUUAGCACAGAUUUCUUGGGUUUCGCUCUAUCUCUUGUUGUUGCUGCUACUACAGGUUAUAUGAAGAUUGGAUGCAAGUACAACUUCAAAACUAGUAAUGGCGAAAGCCAUAAAAUCAACCAUCGUUUGAAUUAUAGGUUUGAAAGCCAAGAAUAUUCUCUUGAUGAGGUGUUUGUGUGGUGGUAUAAUAAUGUCUUCGAAGAAGUUGUAGAAGGAGCUCAAAGCCCCACUGCGUUUUACAAACUUGUUACUGAGGUCAAUGUUGACUUCAACGUAUUGACUGUUUAUGACCAACCCCUUCCUGUGGAAAAGUGUGGGAUAUGUCUGUUGUAUGGCAAAGACGCUGAGAUGAUAAAGCAGAGGGCUUUGUAGAUCAAGCCAAUAUCCCUAAAUUCAAAUUUUCAUUUUAUUUGAGCUGUUUGCAAAACUUAUGGCUGAGGAUGCUUUUUGAGUUUGUUUGGCUUAGGUUGU